AUGGGCCGCGCGCUCUACGAUGAUCCGGUCGAGGUGUGGCUGUGGCCAACGAUUCGGCCUGCGGUGCACUUCGCCCGGCUGCCGCCGGCACCGUUCCCGGAGCCGGCCGGUUCGGUAACGACCGGCGCUUACGUGGGGUACAUGCAGCGGCUCAACUUCUCCGUCAGCGUCGACCCGAGCGAGGAGGACCGGCGCGAGGACCCGACGAACAGCGACGUGGAUGGGGACGCGCGGCUUGUCCUGCACAAUUACUGGGCCCUGCUGGCGAUCAUACUCGUGUUUGGGACGGCCGCCGGCAACAUCCUCGUCUGCCUGGCCAUCGUCUGGGAACGCCGGCUGCAGAACGUCACCAAUUACUUCCUGAUGUCGCUCGCCAUCACUGACCUGAUGGUCGCCCUGUCCGUGAUGCCACUCGGCAUUCUGACGCUAGUCAAAGGACGCUUUCCGUUGGACUCCGAGUACUGCCUCGUGUGGAUCUGCCUGGACGUGCUGUUUUGUACCGCGAGCAUUAUGCAUCUCUGCACCAUCUCGGUCGAUCGGUAUCUUUCGCUCCGCUACCCGAUGAAGUUCGGGCGUAAUAAGACGCGUCGGCGCGUGGUGCUGAAGAUCAGCUUCGUGUGGCUGCUAUCGAUCGCGAUGAGUCUCCCGCUGAGCCUGAUGUACUCGAAGAACCACGCCUCGGUCCUGGUGAACGGAACCUGCCAGAUACCGGAUCCGGUGUACAAGCUGGUCGGCUCGAUCGUCUGCUUCUACAUACCACUCUGCGUGAUGCUGAUCACCUACACGCUAACGGUGCGUCUGCUGGCGCAGCAGAGCGAGAACCUGGGCGGCGUGGGCAGCGGUGGCGGCUGGUCCAGCGGCUGGCUCGGCCAGGCACCGGCCUUCGACCGGCGGAACACCUGGAAACGCAUCAUCAAGCUCAGCCUGCCGACCGGCCAGAACCAACAUGCGCAUUCGGCGGCGUCCACCGACACGGAGUUGUCCACCUUAGACAAUCACGAUCUGUGGCUGUUAGAGUCCAGCAUUCCGGAACCUAGCUCGAUAACGAUGACUGCCAUGCAAAAGUUUGGCGAAGAAAUGCUGAAACUUUCCCAGGGUCUGGAAUCAGUGGCGCAGCAUAGUGACCGCAACCGGGUGACAAAUGGAGCACCGCCUGCACCCGACGCAUCGGCGAACGAACAGGAACCGUUUAGAAAGAAAACCGGCCACAAGGGUGCCGUGGGGACGAUGGCGACCCUGCGGUCCCCGGUGCUGGUGAAGAAGCGUCGCAGCUCCACCUCCACCUGGAUCAACCGUCGAAACUCGGGCACGCCACCGCCGGUUCGACUGGUCCGGAAGCGCUUCAAGAGCCUGCCGCACGCCAUCCCACCCUCGGAGGCGGAUGAGAUCGAGGUGGACGAGCAGUUCAUCGAGCAUGUACUAUCGGGCAUGCGGGAACGAGAGCCUGGCCACCGGCGUCCUCCUGAGCCAACCACCGUCGACUUCGAGCAGCAGACAAACCGCACGGAAAAUGACGAUAGCAGCAGUCGCAGCAAUAGUGAAUCUUGCAGCGAGGGAGCGGUGGGGACGGGCCCACAUGUGCCCGCCGGCUCGGGCGGUCACGGCCAAACGCUUAAGCUGCCCCCACCGUGCAAGUGCCCGUUCUUCGGCGAAGGUGCAGCCAGCCGGCAACAGUUUCUGCGCCCGGCGGAAAUCAAAAUCGUUAAGACGAGUUCCGACUUCAGCGCCAUGGCUCCCGGUGACAGCCUGGUUUACAGCACGAUCUCCAUCUCGUCCAGCUCGAACGUCACCUCGCAGCAGACGCGCUCCAUCUCGAGCAGUCUGUCGACGCUGCCCGCCUCAGCGCUGGCCUCCCCGUGCCGGAAGGGCAGCGCCCCGAAGGGCAUCUCGGUUGUGACCUGGGACCAACGCCGCCAUCAGCGGCGCGGUUCCAGCUUCGGCGGGGCGCGUACCUCGCUGCUGCUCACCCCCACCAAAGCGAGCCCGUCGAGUGUGUCCUUGCGGCGUUCGAUCAACCUGCGUCAGUCCACCCUGGAGGGUGGCUCGUCCGGCCACGGCGCCGAGGCUGGAGUGUUCCGCAGCGGACGAAGUCCCAAGAAGAACAGUUCCUCGCCGUGCCUGAUCCAGCACCAGACGGGCGGUGUGGGCGCGGCUGGCUCGCCGGCGGGAACGGCGGCGGCAACCACGACGACGACGACGACGGGCAGCGCCGUCCGGUCGCAUCACUCACGCAACUCGAGCAUGAUCUCGCGCAACUCGUCGCGCCACGGACGCAUCAUACGGCUCGAGCAGAAGGCCACCAAGGUGCUGGGCGUGGUGUUCUUCACCUUCGUCAUCCUGUGGGCACCGUUCUUCGUGCUCAACCUGCUCCCGAGCGUGUGCCAGCGGUGCGAGGACAAUAUCGAUCAGUGGGUGUUUGAGUUCGUCACCUGGCUCGGCUACGCCAGCAGCCUGGUCAACCCUAUCUUCUACACCAUCUUCAACAAGGCGUUCCGGGACGCGUUCCGGAAGGUGCUGCUCUGCCGCUACGGCCUCAAGGCGCGCCACUGGCAGCCGACCAGCUAGUACGCGGUGGUCUCGCGGCUCGUCAACAGCGAGCCGCUUUAGUUUCCUAGCAACGUACUCUACCGCGCACUCGCCAGCGGAAGGUUUCGGUGAGAAAUCGUGAUCGCGAACGCACAUAGUUUUUGAUACCUAGCGGCCGGUGGGUAUGCGACACCCUGGCGAAACUGGCCUACCUUGUCCCAAACUCGUAGCGUGUACGGUGUAUGUAGUAUUACUUAGUAAUAAAUGUUUUAUAUUCUCUU